AUUAGUAUGAUAGGUAUAUGAAAAAUAAGAAUAUUUAUGUUUAUUUGAUAAUUACGGGUGAGAUGUUACGUUGCGCAUCUCGAGUGUUUUUUGUUUACCCAUGAGCCCACGUAUGACGUUGCUGUGCGGUUGAGGCCUCGUGUGUAAAUCCACUUCGCAGGGAAUAUUUGUGUUGUCGACCUUUCACAGAAGUGGCAGUUAUUGGGCACAAGUCUUUACACUCAUGAAGCCAGUGUUAUGUCCAAUGGGCUGUGGAUUGGAUUUGUGCCGUAACUGAGAUUAUACGUGACGGUAACUACUGGGAAUCAUGGAUUGUGAUAGUGUGGCCAUUGAAGUUGAAACUUUGCUCCAAUAAAAGACUGUUGCAGCUGAUGGCUUUUCCUUGAUCUCCCAGUACAUUUCAACUUCAUCGCCAUGGGUGUGCAAGGGGACCUCAACGCCCUCAAGAAACAGAGGGGAACUGCUAAAGGAAAGUUCACCAGGAAGGUAACUUUAUGUAAAGAAGGAAUAGACAGAGGUGAUGAUGUAUUAGUGUUGAAGACUAAUUAUGAGGAAGUAAUAGAGGCAUUUAAGUGUUUAGAGUGUAAGAAUGAUGAACUGAUACAAUUUAUAUCUGAUAAUGAGGAUAAAUUAGAAGAUAAAAACCUGGGAAAAGAGGCUGAACAAUAUAUUUUAGAUAGUGAAAGAUUAAAGAAUGAAUUGUGUGCUAAGAUAUUCAUGACAAAUAAUGAGAAGAAGGCAACAGACAAACCAAAGGUUAAGGUAAAGAGAUUUGAACCUCCCAAGUUUGAAGGUAAUUUAAGAGAGUAUCCUACAUUUAAAGAGGAUUAUAAGAACUUGGUUCAAAGUGAAUAUGGUGCUGAUCCAUACGCACUCAAAAUGUGUUUAGGUGGGGAGGCACUCCAGACAAUAAAGGGCUCGGAGGGUAAUUAUGAUGAAAUGUUUAAGCGGUUGGAUGACAAAUUUGGUAACCCAAGAAAAAUUGUAGACUUGGUGAUAAGUGAUCUCAAAUCUCUGAGGAAGAUAUCAGAUGGUGAUACUAAAGGGUUUGUUAAAAUGGUUGAUCAGGUUGAACAAUGUUGGUUAGAUUUAAAAAGGGUAAAUCUAUCUGAUGAACUAAAUACAGCUAAUGUUGUUAGCCAUAUUGAGAAAAUUCUGCCUUCACUCCAAAAAAGAGAAUGGGUAAUUAAAGCAAGUGAUAUCUCGGUCACUGGGGAAUUGUUUUCUGAGCUAUUAGGUUUCUUGCAGAAAGAAAGGAAGUUUUGGAAUACAUGAAUUCAAAUGUAAGAACUAGUACUAGUGAUAGUAGAGCAACAGUACAUCAUGUUGAAAAUGUGGUCGAAAACAAUUCGGAAUCAGAGUUGGUUAAGCUGAUAAGAAAAUUGAAUGAAGAACAACAGAGCAAGAAUAGAGAAUUUGAGUCAUGCAUUGUAAAUUUGAAUGAAGUGAUAAAGGGUAUUAAAUGCAAGGAGAACAAUAUAAGUAUACGUUGUUUAUUACACAAUUCAGAGAGUCAUGAGAUAACAAAUUGUUUCAAGUUCAAGGGCUGUAAUAGCAAAGAAAGAUUUGACAUGAUUAAGAAGAACGGUAUAUGUUUUAGGUGUUUAAAUGGAUAUCAUUCAGCACGUGGGUGUAAAGUAGGCAAAUUGUGUGAUGUAGUCAUUGAAGGCCAAGGACCAUGUAAUCGGAAUCAUCAUCCACUUUUGCAUCAAGACAGAAUAGAAAGCAGUUCUCACAAUGCAGUAAUGGAGAAGAGAGGCAAAGCUUUGUUGAAUAUUAGUACGGUGCAUAGUAAAAAUCUGCCCGUCACUGUAUUGUGGGAUCCAG